CUGCACAAACCAACAGAAAAUUCACACUAAGCAUGCCAAAUAUCUUUUAUUUUGUAGAAGGAGAAACAUUUGCCAGUCUGUGACGCGAGUUGCUUUCUUAAAGGGGAAUUAUUAUCAACCAGUGAAGCACAUAGUAAUUGAUGAGGCCCAGAAUUUCCGGUCAGAGGGCGAUUGGUACAGCAAAGCUCAGUGCAUCACCCAAGGACAUGGUCAUUGUGAACCUGGUGUUCUCUGGAUCUUCUUGGACUAUUUACAAACAAGUCACCCAUUUCCAUGCGGUCUUCCACAUCCAUCCGAACAAUAUCCUCAGGAGUGGCUAACUAUAGGGGUCCGGAAUGCCACCCAGAUAUACAAUACCAUGGUACAAGAGAUGCAAAAUAUUGUAGAAUAUUCACAAAUUGAUAUUCCUUUUGAGCGGUUAAGAAUGCUGCUAAAUGAAGCUGUAUGUGGCCAUCCCCUGCCAGGUGUUUGUAGGGUAGAAGAAAACUUGAAGGAGGAUGAAAUAGCGACAUAUGUGGUUGCUACCUGUUGCCAAUAUUUACGAAGUGGUUAUUCUGGGAAAGACAUUGCUAUCCUGUGCAGCACAACGAAAGAGAAGGCCAGGUAUCAUUGCAUAUUACAACCCCGAAUGAGAGCGAUGAUGAGACAUUUCGGACUAGAUGCAGUUUUCACAACGGCAGACAACGUGCUGGGACAGGGCAUUGUUCUCGACAGCAUACGCCGCUUUUCUGGCCUGGAAAGAAACAUUGUGUUUGGUAUCAACCCAGUCCCUGUCCCUACACAGGAGGAGAUUUCUGAAAAUCUUAAACUCUGUGUGGCAUCCAGAGCUAAUUUACAACUUCAUUUGCUGUAUGAAAGGUAAUGCUUGAAAAUAUCAUGGUGGUUCACUCAGGAUCUGUUUAAUAACCAGUGAUAGUCAUGUCGCUUUUGUGGUUUUUCACCCACAAUUCAGACAUAAAUACAAAUCUGACCAUGGGCGAAAUUUUACCUUAGAGGGCUCCCGUCUCCCAGGCUAAUGAACUACGUGAGGCCUGGGGUCUUAAAAAGCCAGUCCCGAAUAUAAACCAAAGGAGCUACAUGGGAUAUAGUGAGAAUGGUCCACUUGAAGCUAAUCAGU